UUACCAGCCCAUGGCUUUCUGUUGCAAUCCUGUUCCCGUUGCUAAAGGAGAAGGUAAACUGUUACUGUUACCGUGACUUCCUAAUCCCCGCUGCCCCAGUUCACGGCAGCAUAGUCUGGCACAUUCUCAGGGAGCUCUACAGCACGUAUAUACAAACUUUACCAACAAACACGAAGAAGUCCAUGGGUAACAGGCUGAAAACAUUCUUCGACUUCCUGUUUUGGGAAGAAAAUCCUUACUUGCAACUUUUGGGAUGAGUAACUGCUAAAACACGCAAGCGCUGCGCUCCUCUGCAGCGUAAACCACAUCGGCUCUCUUCCCCCGACAUUUCCUACCCAUACCAGACUCUAACAAACAAAAAAAUCCUCGCUGUUCUUCACUCCUACCGUUCAGGCAGCAAAACGUAAAACCGGAAUCUCGUCUAAAAGCAGAUGCGACGCGGUGAUGCUGAAGGCCUCCUCAGCAGCGGGCAAAGAAGGAAAUAAAGCCUUCAGGGCUCAAGCAGACACAAGCGAUAAGGGGAAGGCCUCAGCCCGCCUGAGCACUGCUAGAGGCGCCUCUCCAGGAGCGGUGCGUGGAUCCCAGGCCUGAGGCGGGGUGCGGGAGGCCCGGCCGGGCCCGGUGGAGGGGCGCGGGGCCCCCCCCGAGAGGCAAGGUGCCGCCGAGGGGCCGCUCACCUGGUGGAGGAGGAGCUGAUUCUUCAAGGAGUUCAUCUCAAAUUAUAACUUCAAAAAUAGUGAAGAAAAUGUCACAUAAAAGCUCUAAGGAAAUCAGAAAAGUAAACAUUUCUAGCUCCUUGGAGUCUGAAGAUAUUAGCUUAGAAACCACAAUACCAACUGAUGAUGUCUCUUCCUCUGAAGAGAGAGAAGGUACUGUUAAAGUCACGAAGCAGCUGAUUGAACGGAAAGAGUUGCUCCAUAAUCUUCAGCUGCUUAAAAUAGAGUUAUCUCAGAAAAACUUGAUGAUUGACAACUUGAAAGUAGAAUAUUUGACCAAGAUUGAAGAGCUAGAAGAGAAGCUUAAUGAUGCAAUCCAUCAAAAGCAGCUGUUGUCUUUACGACUGGAUAGUCAGCUGGCAUUACAGCAAGAAGAUGCGAGAAAACACCAGGCUCUAAUGAAACAAGAAAUGGAAACUAUUUUAUUGAGACAGAAGCAACUGGAGGAAACAAAUCAUCAACUAAGGGAGAGGGCUGGAGAUAUCCGUCGUAGUUUGCGAGACUUGGAAUUAACAGAUGAUUGCUAUGAGAAGCUAAAGGCUCUUCCCGACGGUCAGCUUUCUAUCCCUGAAUAUGUUUCUAUCCGAUUCUAUGAAGCAGUCCAUUCCUUAAGAAAAGAGCUAAGUGAUCUACAGAUGAAAAAGGAAAGCCUAACAGAAGAACUAAGUGGGUACAAAUCCCAACUGAAGUGUCUGACAGAGAGCUAUGAAGAUGAGAGGAGGAAUCGGUCAGAGCUUGAGGUUAGAUGCCAGCGUUUAACAUUGGAACUAGCUGAUACCAAGCAGAUGAUUCAGCGAGGUGAUUACAGGCAAGAGAACUAUGAUAAAGUAAAAUGUGAACGUGAUGUAUUUGAACAUGAAUUUUCAGAACUCAGAAGAAAAUAUGAAAUAUUAGAGGUGUCACACAAAGCACAAGCUAAAGAAAGAAAUGACUUAUCAAAAGAGCUGGUGACCAUACAACAGUCCCUCAACUUGUUGCAAAAAGAUAAAGAUUAUCUUAAUCGCCAGAAUAUGGAGCUUAGUGUUCGUUGUGCACAUGAAGAAGAUCGUCUUGAAAGACUUCAGAUUCAGCUAGAGGAUGCCAAGAAAGCUAGGGAAGAAGUGUAUGAAAAAUAUGUUGCAUCCAGAGACCAUUAUAAAACAGAGUAUGAAAAGAGACUGCAUGAAGAGUUGGAACAAAUAAGGUUAAAAACAAAUCAAGAAAUUGAGCAAUUAAGAAGCGCUUCAAGAGAGAUGUAUGAACGUGAAAACAGAAAUUUGAGAGAAGCAAGAGAUAAUGCUGUUGCUGAAAAAGAAAGAGCAGUUAUUGCCGAAAAGGAUGCUUUAAGAAAACAUGAUCAACUCUUAGAACAGUAUAGACAAAUGCAGCUUGGCACAGAAAGUAAAGUAGCUGAACUUCUUCACCAAAGUAAGUUAAAGUCCUUUGAAAGUGAACAUGUUCAACUUAUGCAACAAGAAACAGCUAAGAAUCUUUCACAAUGCCAAAUGGAAUGUGAGAAAUAUCAGAGAAAGCUGGAGGUGCUUACUAAGGAAUUUUAUAGUCUUCAGUCUUCUAGUGAAACACGUAUUAUUGAACUUCAAACACAGAAUUCUGAGUUUCAAGCAAGGCUAGAUACUUAUGAAAAACUUGAAAAAGAGCUUGAUGAGAUAAUAUUGCAGACUGCAGAAAUGGAAAAUGAAGUUGAAGCUGAAAGGGUUCUCUUCUCAUACGGGUAUGGUGCUAAUGUUCCUACAACAGCCAAGAGACGACUAAAGCAAAGUGUUCAUUUGGCAAGGAGGUUACUGCAGCUAGAAAAGCAAAACUCGUUGCUCGUAAAAGAUCUGGAACAUCAGAAGGAACAAGUAACACAGAUUUCACAAGAGCUUGACAGAGCAAAUUCUUUGUUGAGUCAAGUACAACAGCCAUACAAAUACCUCAUUGAAACCGUGCAACAGAGAGAUUCUCAAAUAAGUCUACAGAAAGAACAUAUUACACAACUUGAAAAAGAUGUCAGUCUUUUAAAUAAAGAAAAGACAGCUUUGCUGCGUGUCAAGAAUCAAAUGGCAGCAGAUUUGGAGAGACUUCUAAAUCACCGUGAGGAACUAGCCACAAUGAAACAGCUUCUAAUUAGUCUACAUGGUAAACACUAUGAACAAAAUUUACCUCAGUCACAUACUGAUGUAAAAAUUGUGACUGCAAAAAACAAAUCAAACCCUUCAGUAAAACUGCUGCCAGAACAUGAAGAAGAAAAUGUAUUUACACCUAAGCCAACAUUAUUUACAAAUAAAGAGGCACCUGUAUGGUACAAGAAACUGCAGAAGAAAACAUCACCAUAGCAUUUUUUACAGAAUAAUUCAAAAUAAUCCUAUGGGGAACUUUUCUUUGAAGAAAAUUAUUUUCACCAUAAUGAUGCCCUUUUUACCAUAAAAGCAAACAACUGUUCUGGUUUUAACUGUUCUUUUAUACCCAUCAAAUGAUCUUGCGCUUCAUAAAAUCGUUUUUAGAUCUGUCAUGUGAAUAAAAUGUGUGGAAAUAAUGCAUGAAAUGAGUUUACUAACAUAUAUUUGAAUUUUAAAAGGUAAAUAAACACUACCAUAUUGUACACAUUUAUAAUCUGGGCAGUUAAAAGAUGUGUUCUUCAGAGUGUUCAAAUUAAUGCAUGUUUCAGCUUUUUUAUAUUGUUUUACUUGGUCCGUGUGUUUCAUGCCACAUUCCUUACAACCAUUCUGGCUCACAGAAAUUUUAAAAAUAUACAUGAGCUAGCAUCAGACUAUAUCCUACUUUCUAUGAAAGAAAUUCAUAUCAGGUGGAAAAAAAAAUAAUUUCUUGUUGGCUUUGAUUUGUAUGGUUUGUCAUUCGAUGUCAUUUGUUCUACCAAACAGGCAUUCGAAAUAUUCUAAAGAAGCAAUAGAAUACAUCUUAAUUAUCAGCACCAAUACUUAAUGGGCUAGAUACGCUUGCUCUAGUGUAGUUAUAUCAGUGUAGAAAUAAAAAUAGAACCAUGAUGUGCAAGUACGGUAGCAUGUAAUGGUGAAAUGGAUGACUUGCCAUAUUUAAUUGUAUGAAAAUAAGCCCCAUCUUCCAAGAACACGGUCUACUUAUUUGUUCCACUCCACCAUCUAUUUAGACUGUAGAAAAGGUCUCUAAUAUCCUAAAGCACUUUUGACUGCAUAUGGUGCAUUUCUAUAUAUAACAUAAAUGUAGAUGUUAGUGUUUAAAGUGACUGUAUACUGACAAUAUUGCUCAAAUUUAAUCUAAGAGGAAGCUCCUUUUUCCGUGGCAGUAUCUCUUCAACUGAUUCAUUGUUCCUACCUGGACUUAAACAAUAAUUAUUUACUAUAUAAAUCUGAGCUAUGUCAAGUUUAUGACUCCUAGAUAUACUUUUCAUUUUCCAAACAGCAGUUUGAACCACAGCAAUACUUCCUCUGCUCCAGGUAAGCUUCAGUUUCUUUAUUAUUUUUUUUUUCUAAUUCUGAUAGAGAGAGGUAAAAAUGCUAGCAAGUGCACAUGACAAGAUUAAAAUUAUCAUUCUGUGAGUGAGAGAGGCCAGGUGCAUGGACAGAGGUAAUAUCUUUUAUUAGACUAACUGCUGUUCACUGGGGAAAAAAAUACACAAGCCUUUGGGCUCACAAACUUAUCUGUACAGAUAUUCCUGGAUAAACUUUGGUUUCCUAGUCUAGUGUUUUAUCUAACUUGUAUUUUUAUGUGAAUAGAAUCAUUAACUUCUCUUUCAUGUUAAAGAGCUCCCAUAUGCAGAUACUAAUUUUGUCAUUUGUAAUAGAUACUUUAUAUGAUUCACAGUCCCUAGUUUAACUUCCCAGACUAUCCUGUUUGUCUGUUGUCACCCAAUAAUUAAUAAACUGUAUUAUCUAGAA